GUACUAAGGCUUGUAGCAUAGUCCAAUGUAGUGCUCAUUCUUUGCGACCUAUCAAAAGACUACUUCCACCUUUGUAGUCCCACUAAUAACUGUAUUUCUCACUAAACAAUGUUUCUUGAAAAAACUCUGUAAAGUCUACAUGGAUGCUUAUUUCCGACCUAUUUAGCACAGUUGUAGUCAGAGAUCCCCAUCUCCAUCAGCGGUUGCUUAGCUUAGUCGAAGAUCCCCAGAGAAAUUUUCAUUCCCGGACACACAUCAGGAAAGCACACAUAACCAACACAAAUGAACUUUUUGGCUCUGCAACUGAUCCUCCUGAGCAACAGGAUGGUCCUUGGUAGAAUCAAAAUGUUGACCAACGCUCACUCCCUGAUACGCUUGCG